CCUUGACUAAAUACGUUUUUCUCAGUGUACAAUCAUACUUUAUUGUCUCAAGAGAUGUUUGAUUUAUUAAUAAUUUUACCUAAUCUUAUGACCCAAUUACUCAAUGAUAUUUUUCGGGUAGAAACGAUCAUCCAAGUAUGAUCAUUGGCCAAGCCACAUUGGGUAUAGAAAUGAUGGAAGAGAAUGCCAAUAUAAAUGCCGAAGCAGUCAUAUUACCCACGUCAAUUAAUGGUUGCGGACUUAUCACGGGUAUUGCGAUGGCUAUCAAAGGACGGAAUUCAAAUAUAAAGAUUAUUAAGGUCAAGUCUGCACUACAUGAUUCUUUAAUCAAAUCUAUUAGAAAAGAAACGAUGAGUCAGCAGGAAAUAAAAACUAAACCAGAAAAUAGAUAUGAUUGGUUUAAGAAUAAGAAGGGAGGAAUUCAAGAACAAUUAUUUUAUAAGAUUUUUAAUAAAGUAGAAGAUAGGUUUGUUAAAACUGCCAAAAUUCUACUAAAAGAAGAAAAUAUCGACGACUUACGUGCAGCAAUUGGUUUAGCUGCACUUUUAUCUGGCAAACUUGACGAGCUAAAGGGAAAAAAGAUAGUAAUACCUGUAUUCGGCGAGAUGGACUUGUCUGAUGAUAAGACGGAUGAUAAUCCAAGUUCAGAACCUCGUGCUGGCCCCUCAAACGCUUGAAUAGAGGCAUAUUUUCAUUUCUAAAUAGAUUGACAAAGAGGAAUGUUAAGAAAACUCCGCAUACAUUCAAGGUUUAAAUAAUCUAAAACAUCUGGAACACCGAACUAAUCGCACAACUCGAGAAACGCGCAGUGGAUAAAGUUACGAAAAGGAUGAUAAGAAAGGUGCUUCAAAGAUGUUUUUUAGCCACACAUACAAUACUGAAAGAAUUUUAUUAACAUUUCUCUAUCUGUACAGCAAAUAUUUGUAUUUUUAUAAAAAUGGAGUAGUAUAAAUUAUG